UGCUCCAGCUAUGGAAUUGCAGCCCACUCAACCUAAGGUGAUUAUCGGAAGAGACUGGGGUUGGCAGAGUACCUGUAGUCAGUGUGGAUCUAUCCCCGGCCAUUGUCGUUCUGUCCGUCGAUCAAAUCGACCUCAGCUAAAGAGCUGCUACCUACAUGCUUCCGCAAGCCGGAAUACGCGAGCUGGCACGUUGCCCGAGCGCUCACUUCGCUGCCGUCCCUCUUCAACCAGCGCAGGGAAAUAAGCGAGGCAUUUUAAUUCUGGUCGAACCGCAAUCGAUGGGACCGAAGGAGUUUUUGUGGUCGAUCUGUUGCUGUGAGUGUCUGGGUGUCAUGAGAGCUCCGUCAAAACAGCCGCUGCUCAGCAAAACAUUCAUGGCAUACCGUGCAUUGGAAAGCCCCAGGGACUUUGAGAUGAAUUUGUGGAGCUCUCCUUGUGAUUCGUCUCACACUCAAGCAGAUGAUGAUCGGGAGCUGUUGAAUCUGCUGCACAAACGGGAGGAAGCAGAUCAAGGUUCAGAGGAAUGGCAGAAACUUAACUACGACAUACACACUCUGCGACAGACUCGAAGACGACAGGAGAACCGCUGGAAACGGAUCUUGGAAGAGUUAGGUUUUCAGAAUGAAGCCAGCACCUUGCUGGCAGUGACAAAAUCAAGCAUAAUCCAUUCCCAGAACCCGAACCCAGCUCAGCAGAUGCUACAGCGACUGACCAAGGAGACCAGCAUCUUCCUGAAUGAAUGCCAGGUGCCAGAGAGAUACCUCUUUGUACUGGACCGGUUGCUUGUACUCGAUGCUGCCGAGGAUUUCCUUUGGAAGGCAAGCCAGAAAUAUCCCAGAAACGAUGAAUAGACGACCGUACCAGGAAUGCUGGAUCCUGCAUAUGGAACUCAGCCGCCCAACAUUCUAGGAAUGUGGCCACUCUGUUCAAGUACCACAGCUCAUCAUGUUGCCACUAACUGCUUCCAGCCCAGGCCCUAACCAGACUAGUGUGACAGCUUUAGCUACCCAAAGAUUGUAAUGUGAGAAUCUUCCUCACGUUUGAGGAACCAGCCACCAGCUAGCGACAGGGCUUUCUCUCGACCUUUGUGUAAUAGUGUUACCGUCAUGAUCACACGGUUCUCACUGAUGUCCCCUCCUGCCCCCUCAUGUAAUACACAUGAAAAUCAGAUGGAGGUUGAGGAUAUAGAGUAAUUCAGCACAAAAACAGGGUCUUUGCCCCAACUUAUCCAUGCUGACUAUGCAGCCUAUUUGAGCGAGACUCAUUUGCCUUUAUUUGGCCUAGAUCCCUCUUUUCUCCCCAUGUACC